CCACGUCUCCUUCCUUCGCUGCCAACUAACGCAAGCUCAUACGCCCUUUCUUCUCUACGCAACAAUAACAAAAACAUCAACAUGGCGGCAACUGUGUCUUCUCCUUGGGGCAAGCCCGGUGCUUGGGCCGAAGAGCACGAGGACGAGCUCCGUCAACAACAAUUGGAUUCCCCCCACAAUACUGAUGCUUUUUCUGGUGAGUCUGAAUUUCCCUCUUUAGCCGCCGCCGCAGCCAACAAACAGCCUAGGAAGAAGAAGAAUCAAACCCUAUCUUUAGCUGAAUUCGCCACCUAUGGCUCCGCUAAGCCGUCUCAGCCUACCCAAUCCAGAGGCCUUACUCAUGAAGAUCUCCUCAAUCUCCCCACUGGCCCCCGACAGCGGUCUGCUGAAGAGCUCGAGCGGGCUAGGCUCAGCGGCGGCUUUAAAUCGUAUGGCAUGAGCAACCGUAACGGUGACGAUUCGUCUAAUUCGAGAUGGGGUGGUGGUAAUUCUAGGGUUUCUAGUAGAGAUAGGGAUGUGAGCAGAGAUUUAGCGCCUUCGCGUGCUGAUGAGACUGAUGAUUGGUCUAAGUUGAAGAAAUCACCAGUGGGUAAUGGCUAUGAAAAGAGAGAAAGGGGCUCUUUUUUUGAUUCUCACUCAAAAGCCGACGAAUCAGACAGCUGGGUAGCCAAUAAACCAACGGAGACACGGAGAUUUGGUGCCACUAACGGUGGAUUUGAUAGGAGGGGGAGUUUCGAUUCUUUAUCCAGAGAUAGAAACGGGUCCUAUAGCAGUGGUGGCGGUGCAGCAGAUUCCGAUAACUGGGGAAGGAAGAAAGAGGACGUUAAUGGAACAGGAAGUGUAAGGCCAAAGCUUGUAUUACAGCCACGCACAGUACCUGUAAGUAACGAGAAUGGCACAGCAGCGAAACCCAAAGGUUCGAGCCCAUUUGGAGAGGCGAGGCCGAGAGAGGAGGUGUUAGCUGAGAAGGGAAAGGACUGGAAACAGAUUGAUGAGAAGCUGCAGUCUCUGAAGAUCAAUGGUAAUAAAGAAAUUGAAAAAGGUGAAAGAAGCAAUUCGACAUCAUUUGGGCGGUGGAGCUUUGGGAAUGGGCGUGGGGGUUCUGGCACUGAGCGUGUUGAGAGGAGCUGGAGGAAGCCUGAUGUUGCUGAUUCCAGUUCUCGCCCUCAGAGUGCUGAGACAAAUGAGAAUGAUCAUGCUUCUGAAAACGGGCAUGCUACUGAGGAUGGACCUACUGAAGGAAAUUGAAGUUGGAGUCUUAACUCAUGAGAUGCAGAGGAUUGAAAAUAGAGAGAGCAUUCGAAUUUGAUAUUAGUAAAAGUUAUUUUUGUUUUAUUAUUCAUUUGUGCGAGUUCUGCCAUAAGUGUUAUGAAUGUUGAACACGCUGGGAACAAUUUUGUUAGGCUUUGAAAGUAAUUAGCAUUGAUUUGGCCUCGAUAGCAUUGUUUUGUAGGUGGAGUUGGAAUUCAGAAAUAUGUGUGUUGUUUCAUUACUAGUUUUUCUUCUUCAAUUUUGACCGUCUUACAUCUAUGGGGAUUUUGCAUUUUUAUUGCUGAAA